UCUUCACGCUUGACUGGGGCACAGAGAUUUCUACAGGAUUGGUCGGAAAGCAGCUGCAGGGAGGUGGGAUGGGAUAUUGGAAAAGAAUGUAAGGACGGAUGCGGCUCACUGGAAUAAUAAGGCGCGUGUGGGCGAGAACCGCGUGGUAUACGAGAAGCUUGAGAUGCUUAAAUAUUCCACAACGGCACCCAGCUCAGCUACAUGGAUACACACGAAGGAGCAUUCCUGCUUCGAAUUUGUACAUAGUUUGUGUCAACUAUAGUCUAGUGCGUCGGACACGGGCAACGCGAAUCAUAAAACCCAUUAGUAGUGCUUGAUUGAAAUGGACCCGACGGUGGUGGCUGGAAGACCGUGUGUUGGUUUAGGCACUGGUUUGUUGCCUGUUGCGAAAUCUGCUGAACCACGAAAAUCAGGGUCAGGGAGGGCGAUUUCUGCAGGAUUGGGAGUUGGUUCCACCAGAGAUUGGUUGUUUUCUUCUCGCCAAUCUUUCUCAAGUUCCCGGUUGGCGGAGAAUUUGACGAGAAAUGAGUUGGGUGGUCGGUUUGCGAAGCAGGGACUAGGCACUUACAGUGUGCAAGGGGGUGCAUUUUGGAGCACUUGCGCAGUAUCCUCGUUGCUUGUAUGCGCAGCAGCAAAGACAGAGACGGCUCAGGCUAGUGGAACUGAUUCUGAUCUAACACAAGGUAGUGUAAUUCUCUACAACUACUCGCUUGCGUUCAACCCUGCAAAAGCGAAGCUUGCUCUGGAGGAGAAAGGCAUCAAGUACACUGAGGAGAAAAUCGAUCUCUUCAACGGUCAGUCUCUGGAGCCUUGGUAUUUGAAGCUGAAUCCGGCAGGGUCAUCUCCGACUCUAGUUGUUGGGAGCGAGAAAAUUGUAGAAUCUGCAGACAUCAUCAGGUGGGCAGACAAGCAGGGGAUUCCUCUCGGCGGAGAUUCUGUAGACCGAGCCUUUGUAAACGAGUGGCUUCAGAAAGUGGACGCUUGGGAUGGUAAUCUGUUCGCAGAAGGGAACUCUUCAUCUGGCGCUGCGGUGAAGUUAAGCACAGAAUACAAAAUCAAAGUCGCUGAGGCAAACGCAACACGCUACCCGGACUUGGCUGAGCUGUACAAGAAGAAGCUUGUAAGCUUGAAGAAAUCUAUAGAACGACCAAGCAACUCCGACGCCCGCGAGAAGAAUUUGAAGCAGCUUUCGGACCUGUUGGAUGAGGCAGAGGCAAGAUUGUCAUCCACCAAGUUUUUGGCCGGGGAUGCCUAUUCCGCCGCUGAUAUCAUCUUCACUCCCGUGCUUUUCCGAGUGUACCAGGUGAAGAAAGACGCGGAGCUUCUCGAUUCUCGGCCAAACAUCAAGCUCUACUACGAAGAGUUGAAGAAACGACCUAGCUUUAAGCCAGUGUUCGCUGCUGCCGAGAGCGGCCUCUUGACUGCUCUCAUCGUCUUACCUGCUUUUGCUAAGAUUUUUUUUGUUAAUGCUACUGGAAAAUACUAGGGAUUCCUAGCAUUUACAUCAGUUAUCUACUGUUAAUGGCGAUUUUCCACCUUUCUUUCUCUCUCUCUCUCUCUCUUCUUCCUCUCCUCUCCUUUUUUUUUUUUUUUUUUUUUUUUCCAGUUAGGUUUUGAAUUCUAGUUGCUGGCUUCGGUGGCAUCAUCUUCAUAGCUGGCGUAGAGAACGAUGUUCUUCUGUGUUUAUAUGAAUGUUGAUCCUUGAAUUCACCCUUGCAAAUCUAUCAUCAUCCACUUUGAGAAUAAUUAGCAACAUUCGGGGUCAGCUGUGUGUGCAGCGGAGAUUUUGAUUUCGGAGAAGUGUUGGACAAAGGAAAAUCGAAACGCGUGUCCAUGCACUAACCAAUCGAACAUGCCAGUGAGGUGGAAGGAAAGAGGGGACUGUAUAUUGAUUGUGUGGGGAGAGAAGAUUGGUCAGACUCCAAUUGGAAAAUUGAGAUGCUUGCUACUUGGUGGCUCAACUUUAAUAUUUUGUACUGGAAAUGGACACUUUUGCCACCUUUACAAUACACGCUUUGCAACUCUUAAUGUUAA